AUGACUAUCACAUCUACCCACCGAAUACUAGAAGAGCGAAGCAGACCUUCACCUGCAUUUAUUGAGAGCUUACAACAUCCUGCAAUCCACCCUGCGCCAGAAUGGCCUUUUCAAGGACACAAGCCCGCGCAGCCCUCUGGCUGGAAAGACAGCGCGGCUACACCUACAGAGAGUGCCAUAGUGAUUGACUGUGGAUCAAGCACAUUGAAGGCUGGUUGGUCCUUCGACAAAAAGCCUCGUUUCCUCAUACCUCCCCUACUUGCCAAAUACAAAGACCGAAAGUACAACAAAUACUGCGCCUUUGUUGGCUACGAUACCUACGCUGAUGCCACAACCCGUGGUCAAAUCCGAAAUGCGUUCGAAAGUUUCACCAGCGUGCCUGUCAAUUGGGACGUUAUGGAGGGCGUUCUAGAUUACACAUUUCUGAAGCUAGGAGUCGAUAGUGAGGGUAGUAUCGCCAGGCCAAUUCUAAUGACCGAACCUGUAGCAAAUCUGGGAUACACAAGAAGAAUGAUGAACGAGAUGCUCUUUGAAGGUUACGGUGCUCCGAGCGUUACUUAUGGCCUCGAUAGUCUGUUCUCUUAUCGAUACAAUAGAGGCACCUCCGGUCUGGUCAUCUCCUCAGGUCAUGCUGCUACUCAUGUCAUUCCCGUGUUGAGUGGGAAGCCACAACUGCACUCAUGUGCUCGUCUCAACUGGGGCGGUGCUCAGGCGCAAGAAUACCUUCAAAAAUUGCUCAAGCUGAAGUAUCCUAAUUUCCCGUCGAAACUCUAUAUGGAACAUAUGGAGUCUUUACUGAAGCGAUUUGCGUACGUGUCCAAGGACUAUCAGGCAGAAAUUGCCAAUUACUUGGACUGGAACGGAUUGGAGGCAGGGAAUGACAUUGUUGUGCAAUAUCCAUUCACAGAGCAGGUCAUCGUGGAGAAGUCUGCUGAAGAGAUUGCCCGUCAAGAAGAGCGGAAGAAAGAGUCUGGUCGACGUCUGCAGGAACAAGCCGCGAAAAUGAGACUCGACAAAUUGAUCAAGAAGGAACAGGAUCUGGAAUACUAUGAAUCAGUCCUACAACAACUCCGAGAUGCGCCAACUAAAAAGGAGCAAAAGCGAAUUCUGGAUGACGAAGAAUUUAAAGACGAGACAGCUCUCGAGCGACAGAUUCGAGAUCUAAAACAGAAGAUCACCAAAGCACGUAACAAAGAUCUUGGAAACCAAGCCGAUGAGGAGACUCUUGAAGAGCAAUUGAACAAGUUUCCGCUGCUUGAGGUUCCAGACGACCAACUCGAUGAGGACGGUAUCAAGGAGAAACGUCACCAGAGACUAAUGAGGUCUGGUGUGGAAGCUAGGAUCCGAGCGAAACUUGAAAAAGAGCGAGAACGAGCAAGACUGGCAGAAGAGAAGCGUCUUGACGAAGAACACAGACUCACUGACCGAGCAAGCUGGGUUGCUGGUCGAAGAGCACAAAGGCAAGGACUGCUUGUGAAGAUCAAAGAACAGGCUCGUGCAAAGGCUGACUCAAGCAACCGCAAGGGCCUGGCGUCGCAGCAGCGAAUGAAGACGCUGGCCAACCUAGCAUCAGACGGUCCCAAACGUAAGCGACGUGGUGGCGGCGACUACGACGACGACUUCGGUGCCAAUGACGAUGAUUGGGGUGUUUACCGAACCGUCGCGAAAGAAGAAGGUAGCGACGACGAAGAGCCAGAGCCUGAUCCAGUGGCGGAACUCUUGAACAUUGAAAAAGACCUACUCCAGUAUGAUGACAACUUCACACAGAACGACACACUUGAAGCUCAAAAUGACUGGAAGAAGAGCUUGAUGCAUGCCUUUAUCAGGGGCAGUCUAAUACCUGACGACGAUUCACAGCGUGACUUUCAUCAGCUCCAUCUGAAUGUGGAGAGGAUAAGAGUACCAGAAGUCAUACUCCAGCCUAGCAUAGCAGGGGUCGACCAAGCUGGUCUCGUCGAAAUCAUGGAAGGCAUUGUCAUGAACAGGUUUCACGAUCCUCUUCAACAAAAGAAUCUCUUACGAGAUAUCUUCUUCACUGGUGGCAACACCUUGUUCAAGAAUUUUGGAGAACGACUCAAAUCCGAAGUAGUCGCGACGCUACCAUCCGGUUAUGAGAUCAAUGUUAGAGCGGCAUCUGAUCCUAUCUUGGAUGCAUGGCGUGGUGCGGCGUCGUGGUGGACUGGGACGCCGUCGUCAGAAAGAGCUACUGCUUCGGUGAGCAGAAAUGAGUAUCUGGAAAGAGGCAGUGAAUACAUAAAGGAACACGACCUUGGCAACGCUAUCUCCCCUGCAUAUGGAUGA